AUGUCAUCAUUCUACACCACACACGACGGGAUACAUGGCAGGCAACACGGCAGAUCAGUAAUGGCGACCGUAGACCACGGUAGUCCGUCACAGUUUGUGGGCCAGCCCUGGUCGUCAUGGGCCGACAAAGUGGUCGGUACCGACAAUAAAGAUGCACCUUCGGGUCGAGGGGACGAAGAAACUGAUGGGUCGCUGGAAGUUCAAGACGAAGAUGCGGACAGGGAGCAGGACACAGAGCAAGUUAUGAAACUCAGAUUAAAGGAUGCAAAUGUCUUCGGAAUCUGUCCGACGCAAGAUGAGUUCUACCUGGUAGUCUGCGAGCAGUGCAAGCAAGUCGUAAAACCUCAGGCACUAGAAAGGCAUAUGGAAUUACGACAUGGCAAACCACCGGAUAAACCGCCGGACAUCACGCGCGAGAUGGAAAUGCACUCUCCUCAGAUACUGAUCCCAACAACUCUCAGAGCCCCUCUGGACAAAUCAAGACAAUCCAGCCAGAACGUGAAAAGUCCCGGGGUGGACAGUGAACUCUCCCGUACCCACAGCAUGCACCCUCUAACGCUCAGACCGUCGGCAUCGCAGGUCCAGCCGGAGUUGGCCUUUGACACAGUACUUACCAAACAGCUCCCGGGUCAUCUAGCGAAGAAACAGGAUUCCCUGAUCGAUUACACCACGUCGACGUCAGAAAGUGAUCGGCCAAAUGCCUCGCCGACCGGGCUCAUUCAGCUUAACUCACCACUAGGGUCACAGGAGAGUGUCGCGAGCCUUGUCAGCACAACACUACCCAUUGUAAGAGUUGAAAAAAUGUCACCUUUACAUGUCGACUCCACGAUUCAAUCUUUCGGAAUUUCACCGACGUCUUUGGCAAGCAUCCAACCGACCACCAUCGAGCUGGCCUCUGCGCCUGGCCGAUCCAUUCAGUGUGCUCCUAAUGUGCUCCCGCAACAGUCCCAAACGUUACUGCAGACCGCUAAACCGGUUCAACCGGCAAUGGUCCAGUUGGCACCAGUUCCAGCCGGUAUGAUGCAGGCUGUCAAACCUGCCCUUGUCCAGCCACCUCCAAUCCAGCCAGCACCAGCACAUACCAGCUUGCUCAAGCUCGCACCUGCUCACCCAGUACCCACGAAAAAGAGUAAAAAGCUGUCUCCAAAGAAGAACAUAUUAUGUAAAGAUCGAGAGUAUGAUGUAAACAAGCAUUGCGGUGUGUGGGUUGAGACUGAUCAUCGACAGUGUACAAGGUCACUCACUUGCAAGACACACGCCUUAUCCUUGAGGAGAGCAGUCAAGGGACGUCGAAAACCCUUUGACGAGCUCCUAGCCGAACAUAAAGCCCGUUCUCAAGCUCUCGCUGCAGUCAACAACCCCUCCUUGCUCAAGAAACCAGGAUCCACGACACCAAUGCCAGCAGCAAGUGGUCUCCUGAGCAAUCCAGCCACCCAGGGCAACAGCGCUGCCAGGCCCACCACGCCGAAGGUGACCACGCCUCGCCCGAACACACCCAAGGCGACCACGCCCAAGGCGCUGACACCAAAGCCGUUGACCCCGAGGACUCAGACGUCUAGUUUGCACGUGAAGGCAGAGCCCGGCGUCAAGCCUCAGGUGAUGUUCCAGAAGAUCAUGCCGGUACCUGGGCCCGUCAAAACCUUCAACCUCAACUCAGUUCUUCCAACCAAAAAACCCUUUCCUUCCCUUCCAAAACGGGUGGCCUCGCCCAUCCCUGAGGUUCCCUCCCCACAGAGUAGACCCUCCCUACCAGAGGCUGCGGGUAUCGGUAGUGGCAGUGGGAGCUCUGGCAACGUUAAGCUGGGACCUGCGGAGAAGGGGGCCGAAAUGAAAGACAAAUCAGACUUCUCGUGUUCGCAUCACCACCCAAGACCAGUUGCAAUGUGUUCAUAUGGUGCAAGACAAGUUGGCAAGGGCCUGUAUGCUUUCAAUCGGAGAUUAGAUCACCUAAGAUCCACCAUGGCUGCCUUAGUUGAGAAACAUACCUCAAGACCUCCUCCAUUAAAAAAAAUGUGUUUAUCGAAUGAGCCGUUGGAAGACGUUGCUAUGGAUACAUCCCCUCCGUCUGAUGCCCCCAAUCUUCAGAUGAACAAUUCCGCCCCGUCUCACCCCGCUGCGUCAACAAGUGCAUUCUCCUUCUCCAGCGUGUCGCUGUUUGACACCAUUCCUAGCGGGAGUAAGAUUCCAGCCACCAUGUGUGGGAACGGUAGCAACAAUAGCGCUGACAGUGUCAGUAGGGUAAAAAGUGUGCCGAACGCCGUGCAGAACAAUUUUAGUAAAGGCGCAGCAAAGAAACUUAGCAAGGCGGCUAGUAAAGCGCCCGGUAAAUCCGGUGAUGGGAAAGGAUUGUCGUCCAUGCAGCAUCCUGUCAAGAAUUCAAAGGCACGGAGGAAAAGUGGCAGUGGUGGUGGGGGAAAGAGUAACGCGAGUGUGAGCGUUGCGCAGAAUUUGUUCUCAGUAUCUACCGCUAGCCCAGUGACACUCACCCCUGCGUCAAGUGCUUACUCCAUAGUGACUAAUAGCGGUCUGCAACUUGGUAGCGGAGUCGUCGGUUUGGAUCCAUCCACUCUCUCCGGUCAGGAGCUAUCAGACAGCCUCUUGAAGAACCUGCGUUUUGUUGUGACAAACAUUGACCCUAAUGUCAACGGUGGCGCUGCGACCACCGCAAACUCGGCGAACCCUCAGGCAACCAGUAACUUCACCGUUCCAAUACUUAAUGCAACCAUCGGAAAUGCACUCGGAAAUACGCCAGUAUUAUUAGGGAAUCUCGGAGCCUUAGCACUGCCUUAUGAUAGGAAACUGAACGUCAAGUCGCGGACUAAGAGUGCCAGUUCGGGGAAGUCCGCCAUGGAGCGGCAAGGUCGUCGGCUCUCUGGCGGUUUGCAGAAUAUAGCAAUAGUCAAUCAGCCUUUUGUUGAGUGUGCAUCUCAAGAACCUAUGGGUGUUGGGGGAGGAGGGGGCGGAGUAGGAGGAGGCAAUAGCGAAGGAGGAUUCACAGUAAAUAUGUGCCAAUCACUUCAGAGUCCGCAAUCCAGUGUACCUAGCCCACAGCUUAGGCCAAAUUCUGCCAGUCCACAGCUUUCCUCGCCCAUCCCGAACGGCAUCAUUCCCUCCCCAACCAACAUCACCUUCAAGCCGUAUCCAGGCACUGUCAUAGCGACAUCCACGGUGGCGUCGGCCAAUCACGUGCAGCGAGGGAUGAGUCCGAGCAGAACAAGCACGCCCUCGCCAGGAACGGGCUCAACGGAAGCUUCUCCAAACAUCAGCGCGCAUAUCCUACCGGGUUCAUUUACUACAAGUGGCAAACUCUCUUUAGUCUCACCAAAGGGCAGCUCUCACAACCUUCCCAAAUCCACCUUGAAUCAGAAACACAGCAACGCCCACCUGCACCAUCGUUCCAUCGCACAGCUUGCCACCCAGCAACACUUACAACAACAGCAGCAACAACAGCAACAGCAACAAGCACUGCAGUUUCACCAGCUGCUCACCCCACAGCAAAUAUCCAAUCUGGUCGCGAUGGACGCACAGGGCAAGCCGAUGUCACUAAGCAGCGCCCUGAUACCAGGUCUCUUCCAGAGCAUUCCGACCCAGCCGGUAAACCCAGGUGCCCUCCAGGGCGGGUUAACCCUCGCCCCUGCUGUCGCAGCGGAUCAGGGGGGCAAGGUCUUAUCCCAAUCAGCCGUCCUUCCUCAGGGUGCCAUUGCACUGCACCUGCAGCAACCAGGAGCCGGGCAACCAAUCAGAUUGCAGGGUGCCGACCAAUCACAGAUGGGGAUGAGUCAGGAGGAGGACAACAGGCAGGAGCUCAAGAUGCAGCAUUAAGCCAAUCAAACGGUGCCUACGGACAGCGUCAACCAAUCGUGAAGAGAGAGAGGGUAUUUUGUGAAUAAAUUAUUUUUUUGCCACGUUGUAUUUAAAUGAAUGGAAUCAGGGAACAGACGAUAUAUAUGUAGUCAUUUAUACUUGGAUGUCUGUCGACAUCUAUGAAGGCUUUAUAUUAUUUUUAUAAUGAAUUUGCAACUAAUAUAAGAAUAGUGACUGAUUAUUUCGCAUGAUUAUUGAUACUCAAAGAACAAUUUUUGUGAAGGAGAAAAAAAGAGAAAAAUUCAACCUUUUUUUAGCAUGGAAUUAGAAAGGGUGAAUAUUUAAAGAUGUAAUAUUUUUAACCCAAAUUUAGCCAGUUAAUGUACGGGAUCUUCCAUUUUUUCCCUUCCACGGGAGUAUUUUCUCGGCAUUGCAGGAAUCCUUUAUCCAUGACUUAACAAAGCCAAUAGAUCAAUGAUUCUGUUUGAAUCAACAAAAUAUUUUCUUUUUUGUUGGGGCGUGUUUGUAUGCAAGGCAGUAAAUAACAAAUAUUUGUUAUAGUGCAGCAACAAGUGCUACAUAGGUAUAGGCAGUAACAGUUUUUAUGCACUAUGAACAUUCUGUUAAAGUUCUAAGUUUCUUAACUGCUUGAAGAGGAUAAGUUGUAUGAGUGAAAAUUGCGAUUUUUCAUUAACCACUUUGGAUGCAACGUUUCUUGGAUUCUGGCUUAUGACAGAAGUUUGUUACCAUCUGAAAAAACUGAAGAGCGCCCUCAAUUGUUUGCUACCAGUCUGAUGGAUAAUUACAUAGUGUAGUGUAUACAGGCAUGUACUUAUUGUGCUAUAUCUUUCACCCUUACAAAAGGUGGGAGAAUGUACUGGAAAUAUUGCUCAUAAUGUCCCUUUUUUGGGUAUGUAAUGCCUCGUAACACUCGAUUUCAGAUUUUUGUAUCAAUGUGGCAUACAAGAAUACACAGGCUGCCACCAUUGUUUAACAUUGUAUUCAGCUCAGGUGCAGUUGUAAUCCAAGCAUUACGAUAUUAUCCCUAUAUAUCUGAAUCUGAAUUCAAUAGUCGGCAAAGCAUCCCAAUGGAAACAUCACAACAACUUUUUGUAGAGAAGACAAUGAAUGCAUUUCAGUUUUAGCUGUGGGAAGGAAAACCCCUAUAAAGAAAACCCAUCUAGUCUGGAUAGGGACCGAAAAACUGAAUCCAUAUGUAUGGCUCCGGUCCGGGUAUCAAACCGGGUCCACAGGGGUGAAAAGGCACGGACAGAAACCACUGAGCAAACCUGACUUGGCUCAGGCCAAGGUUUUGUGAUUCAUGGUGCAUGCCUACUCUUAUUUUCUAACAAGAGAACACUAAGUCCUAGUGCUAAUUAUGGAAACCUUUAUUGUCUUUCCUUUGUCAAGUCAUGGUUUUAUUGUCAUUGUAGCACAGAAUUUUUUCAAAGGAAAACAAUCACUCCGGUUGCUCCAUAAAGUUGCAUAAAGUUGCAAAGGAUAAUACCUUGCAUGGUCACAGAAUAUUUUUGUGGAAUACCGUUGUGAGGCAUUUAAGUGUAAGACUUUGACUUCAACAAAUCUUUUCAUGAGGUUAAGAAAGCCACCAACAGAGACGCGCGUAAGAGCAAGUUCUUCAAAUCAAGGAAUUUUGAUUUGAUUUUGUUGAAUUUGUUGCGUUGUGGGUGUGUGUGUGUGUGUUACGGUGCCGUUCUUUGAGUAUCAAUAACAACACUGUAUCCGUGUUCUACGUUUCUGUUCAGGAAGUCUUUGGUUAAAUGAUUAUUGAUAUAUAAUAUAUGUAUAUGUGUGCACUUCUUAAGACCUUCACCCAGUAUCUCAGCAUUGGAUAAUUAUUAUUAUUAAAACAAUAAAUGAAAUGAAUUGACAAAAUAUGCAGUGAGAUGUAAUUCUCGGCAAGGAUUAAUUCAGAAAAAGAGGUUGCAAAUUUUUGUAAAUUUUAAAUCUCCUUAUGAUAUAGAAAACUUUGCGUGUCUAGCAUUUGGUGAGCUCUUGAUGAGCGCAUCUUAUCAACGCCAUUUUUUACAGUAUGAAUUGUGUUUUUUUGUAUUGAAUACAGGUUUUCUGUUGUGACUUGGUGUCACAAUUUAGAAGUCUGUGACCGUUCACUGUUGACGAGACAAUCUCAAAUCAAAUCAAAUGAAAUCAAGUAAAUUCAAAUCAACUAAUUGAUUCACAAAUAGCACACACCCUGUUUUUAUAUUUAGAUUCACCAGUUGCUUGAAGUGUCUUCAGUCCAUAUCAUUUUUUGCCAAACCUUUUUAUCCCAAACCUUUUAUUCUAAUCAUUAAGUUAUUUGUAAAACAGAAAUACUUCAGUCUAUUUUUAAAAGAACUCUCCUCUGGAAUCAGUGUGAGGGAGCUCUUCAGAGCUCAACCUGUCUAUGUUAAAAUGAAUGAAUCAUUUUCCCAUAGAACUUGAGGGAUUUUGACGUUUUUUUAUUAUUUUUUUAAGCACACCAAUUUGCUUACCUCAGAAAUAUCUUGAUUAGCAGAUUAACAGGUUACCAGCCAAAUUGUCGCUUAGUGUACCUUACUUGUGACUGAUUCCCAGCCUUUUUUUUGCUCAGCAAAUUCAUUUGUUAAACUAGCUUAACCACUUAACAGCUUUGGGAAUUCGGCCCAAGUCUCCAUGUCGUGGAGCCACAUAAAUUUGUCGGGACAAGAACAUGCUUAGCCUUGUUAACAAUUGCCACCGACAUCUAUGGUUUUCUGAGUGAAUUUUCUGACUUGAUAAUCAAAAUAUUAAUCCUGGGUCAUAUAUAGCGCUUAUCACACCUCUAGAGGCAUUUAAAAGCGCUCAUUAUUUAUGCUUCAACAGGAUCAACAGAGCUAUGUUUUGAAUUUUAAGACGCCUUUGUUUAUAGCACCUUCUAAAAGUUUACAAGGUGCUGCCGGCGCGCAUUCAGCAGCCACGACCAGAAACACAGGGGCAAACUCCCUUUUCUUCGUUGGGGAGUGGGGUACAGUGAACAGACCUACAUAUCAUCAUGGUUAUUCCUUUUGUUUGUUUUAUUUGAUGGCACUUGAAAACAACUACGCAAUUAAUUUCUUUCUCUUUCAACAAUUGGCCGUCAAGCAACAGUUUAAAAAGUCCAGUCACAAAUUGUUGAAUUCUUAUUCUUGUGUCAGUGGGUGAAAACGAUUGUUUAUAAACUUGUCCAGGUCCUAAACUGUCUUUUUCAAGUGGGCUGGUAAAUUAUUGUCUUAUGACAUGUAGGAAGAGAGACGAUGCUAAAGAAAUGAACUCGGGGGGCCACUGAGGGAAAGACUAGGGCAGAUGUCUUUGUUGCUUAGGCGGAGUUCAGAGCAAACAACAAACACCCAGAAUAUUUUCAAAAUAACAAUUAAUUUCUUUGAAGUUCUCCCGCCUUCUAUGUUUGAUUUCUUUUGCUGAUGUUUCCCAGAAACGUCACAUUGUUCCUGCCGUUGUUUUCUCACUGUAUGUCAAUGUAGUUCCUGAUUCCAUGAUUGUUAACUUUAUAAAUCAACGAUAAAUUUUGAUCAUUUGAGAGAUCAAAAACCAGUGUCAUUUCUUGUGUGGAGAAGUGCACUUGUAAAUUAAACACCCUUUCAAGGCGUACUAUGUCAUGAUGCAUAACAUUUUUAGAAACUAUUUAUGACAUUGUGCAUUAGGCGUAUUUAUUAUUAUUAUAAACCACUUAAAAACAAUUAAUAUUAAUAGGUAAAUGAUUAAUAUAAAGAAAUACAAUUCUCUGUAUUAAGUCCUCAGAAGUUGGAUUUCUGUGUAGAACUAUUUGUUUGUGUUUAAGAGAGAGAGAGAGGGAGAAGAAAGUAAUGUUACCUUAUCAGCACAAAUAGUUGAACAAUGAAAACACCACUGCAAUAAAUAUUUUAAAAUACAAUUUUCGGUACAUUGGUACAAUAAAUAUUAACCAAAGAUGACAAGUUUACCUCCUCCUGCUAUUUCAUGUUUUACUCACCCAGUCUGUUCAUACUUAAAGGCAGUGGACAUUAUUGGUAAUUAUUCAAAAUAAUUUAUUGGCACAAAAC